AUGAUCGCCUGCGGCGGCGGUCAGAGGCUUUUUGCUUCGGCGGUGGCCACGCCACAGAUGCGGCGAGGAAUCUCGACGGCUGCUGCGCCCGAUGAUCGCCUGCUGCGGCGGUCAGAGGCUUUUGCUUCGGCUGCGGUCACGCCACAGGUGCGGCGAGGAACUUCGGCGGCUGCUGCGCCCGAUGAUCGCCUGCUGCGGCGGUCAGAGACUUUUGCUUCGGCUGCGGUCACGCCACAGGUGCGGCGAGGAACUUCGGCGGCUGCUGCACCCGAUAAUCGCCUUGCUGCGGCGGUCAGAGGACCCUUGCUCCGGCUGUGGUCACGCCACAGAUGCGGCGAGGAAUCUCGGUGGCUGCUGCGCCCGAUGAUCGCCUGCUGCGGCGGUCUGAGGACCCUUGCUCCGGCUGUGGUCACGCCACAGAUGCGGCGAGGAAUCUCGGCGGCUGCUGCGCCCGAUGAUCGCCUGCUGCGGCGGUCUGAGGACCCUUGCUCCGGCUGUGGUCACGCCACAGAUGCGGCAAGGAGCUUCGGUGGCUGCUUCGGCGGUCAGAAGCCCUUUUCUUCGGCGGCGAUUCCCGGAGGUUACGCCACGGAUGCGGCAAUGGGCUUCGGUGGCUGCUUCGGCGGUCAGAGGCCCUUUUCUUCGGCGGCGAUUCCCGGAGGUUACGCCACGGAUGCGGCAAUGGGCUUCGGUGGCUGCUUCGGCGGUCAGAGGCCCUUUUCUUCGGCGGCGAUUCCCGGAGGUUACGCCACGGAUGCGGCAAUGGGCUUCGGUGGCUGCUUCGGCGGUCAGAGGCCCUUUUCUUCGGCGGCGAUUCCCGGAGGUUACGCCACGGAUGCGGCAAGGAGCUUCGGUGGCUGUGGCGGCGGUCAGAGGCCCUUUACUUCGGCGGCGAUUCCCGGAGGUUACGCCACGGAUGCGGCAAGGAGCUUCGGUGGCUGUUGCGGCGGUCAGAGGCCCUUUACUUCGGCAGUGGCUUUCGGCUGUAGCGCCUUAGAUGCGGCGAGGAGCUUCCUAGAAGGAAAUUGGGGAAAAAAGGGCCGCCUUCGCAAAAGCCCGUAUUAG